UGGUGCAUUAAAAAAGGAAAAGUAGGUAAACAUACUAAAAACCACAUGGAGGUUUCUAUGAUACAGUAUAAAUAAAUCUGACUGCAAAGGGCUUGACGAUCACUUCAUAAUUGCCAAAGGUGGUCCAGCUAUUUAAGGCAACAACCAUAAAAAAAAUGUGAAUGACGGAUGUUAUUAAUUGGUUGCUAUGACUACACGGGUGGUGAUGUCGUUAGGCCAAAAACUUAAAGCGGUGCUGGUUGAUUUGAGUGGCACUCUACAUGUUGAGGACUAUGUAAUACCUGGUGCAAUACAAGCAGUUCAAAGGCUCAAAGAUUCAUCUCUUCAUGUCCUCUUUGUAACAAAUACAACCAAAGAGAGUAAGCGUCGUCUUUAUGAAAGAAUGCAACGAUUUGGCUUCAACGUUCAUAAGCAUGAGUUGUUCACAUCACUGACUGCCGCAAGACAAUUGGUCGAGAACCAGAACUUAAGGCCUAUGUUGUUACUAGAUGAUUGUGCAUUGGAAGAUUUUGAAGGCAUAUCACAGGAAAACCCAAAUGCAGUCCUGGUAGGUUUAGCCCCUCAGCAUUUUAAUUAUGAGAAGCUUAAUUCUGCUUUUAGCUUAUUAAUGGAAGGUCAUCCAUUGAUUGCUGUACACAAGGCUCGCUACUUCAAAAGACCGGAUGGCCUUGCACUAGGUCCUGGCGGGUUUGUGGAAGGCCUGGAGUAUGCUUCAGGCACCCGUGCCACAGUUGUUGGCAAGCCACGAGAAUCGUUCUUCCUUAGCGCUCUCAAGACAAUAGAUUGUAAACCAGAGGAGGCUGUAAUGAUUGGAGAUGAUGUAAUUGGUGAUGUUGAAGGAGCUAAUAAGAUUGGAAUGAAAGGAAUUCUUGUAAAAACAGGUAAAUACCGAGUUGGGGAUGAAAACAAAAUUGAUCAGAUCCAGAGCACAGCUUGUGAUGACAUUGGUUCUGCAGUGGAUCUGAUAUUAAAACAAAUGAUACAUUAAAUUUAUUGUAAUGUAAUUUAAGGUGAUUUGAUAUGCAAAAAUGUCUCAACAAGAAACUAAGAAAAUAAAAAUUGGAACCCCACUGAGUUCAAUCAGCACUAGUCCGGUGUCAUUCAGAGGACAAGAGGUGUGGAAACGAUGUCACACUGGAUGUGAACUUGAACGAAAGGAGAAGACAUCCUUUUAAUUAUUGCCUGAUGGUACACAUACAUGUGAAUGAUGGAAUUGUUCUAUUCGAGGAUGUGGUUUAACACUUAAUGAUAGCAUUAUUCUCAUAUGGAUUUGAUCCCAAAAUAAUUUUUAAAACACAUUAAUGAAUUUCCUCACAAAUUUGUUUACAAUAGAAAUUGUAUUGCCUGUGCCCCUAACCCUAGGUAAAUUGCUGCAGGACCUUUUGUGGUACCACCUAUAAUGGCAUAAUACUGUAUCCCUACAUUUUUUUUUUCACCAACCAUGCAUAUCAAGGGAUGUAUUGAUUAAUUAAUGAACUUUAGACCAUGAGCUUUCUUUUAAGCAAUGUUUUUAUAUAAGGUCAUCGUACGGUCAGAUAAUGCUUUAAUAAUGUUUUUAGGCAUCGUUUGCUAGAGUUUAAUAACAUUUUUUUUUAGAUUAUUCAAUUGUUUUAUCGUCUGUCUAUAGUUAUUAUUAUAAUGAUACUACUAACUAUAAAUAUAUUAUUUAUUUUAUUUUUAAAUACAGUAUAAAGGCAGUGCAAAUUUAACCUGUAGAAUGUCUGCCGUACAGCAUUUUCAAUGAUGAUUAGUGAGGGUGCACUCCAACCAUAAAUUCGAGUUAAGCGGUAAAAUACUGUAUACACUUCGACAUAAUACUAAUUUCACGUUUUGUAGGUGAGUUUGGGCCUAAAAUAAGAUAAAAAAAAAAAACCUACUGGGUAGACAAAACAAAAUUAACGAAAAAGUAUGAAAAACCUGAGCACACAAGUGCAGUGCGGCUGGUGAUAAGAUAAAAGGAUGAUAGCAAUGGAAAAAAUAAAUAGUUAAUAAUAAAUGAUAAUAAUAUAUGGAUUUA